AUGCUUGCUCGGGGUGUUCGAAAUGUUAUUUAUAAUUAUACCGAUGCUCAACGUAAAGUACGAUCGGCAACAUCAAAUGAUGCUUGGGGACCAUCACCAGCACUCAUGCAUGAAAUUGCUGAUUUAACAGAUAAUAUUGUUGCCUAUGCAGAAAUUAUGCCAAUUGUUUGGAAACGUUUGAAUGAUCAUGGUAAAAAUUGGCGUCAUGUUUAUAAAUCUCUUGUUUUACUUGAUCAUUUAAUAAAAUAUGGAAAUGAACGUGUUAGUCAACAAUGUAAAGAGAAUAUAUUUGCAAUUCAAACAUUAAAAGAUUUUCAAUAUGUUGAAGAUCAAAAAGAUCAAGGUUAUAAUGUACGUGAAAAAGCUAAACAGCUUAUUGCUUUACUCAAAGAUGAUGAACGUUUACGUAAUGAACGUCGAAAAGCACAAGACGGUCGUGAACGUUAUGUACGUCAAGCUAUGGGAAUGGAUUCAAAUGGAUCGGUUACGUAUGGACGUACAACAACAUCAUCGAUGCGACGUAAUAGUAUAGAAGGUAGUGAUCCAUAUGGUGGAGCAUCAUAUUUAUCAGGACAAAAUGCAAAUCAAUAUCCAAGUACUAAUCGUUCUACAUCAUAUAAUGAUAGUCUUCAUGCAGCGUCAGGAGGAAAAAAUUUUGGUCAACCAUCAACACAAGAAGAAGAACAAUUACAAAUGCAAAUUGCAUUAGCUGAAUCACAACGUGAAGCGGAAGAUGAAGAACGUCGACGACGAAAUGAUGACUUAAAACUUAAAAUAGCUCUAGAACGAUCAGUUAAUGAAGCAUCACCUGAUGCUACUAAUCCACAACUAUUUGAUUUCAAUACAAAUCCUCAACAUGCCGAUUCAGCAUAUUAUAAUACUCCAUAUUUACCAGCUACAACAGCAUCAAAUAUUGGUUGGGAUGCAGUACAUAAUCGAUCAUCUACCCAUCCUGGACUUUCAACUGCUAUAAAUUUACCAUCGGCUCCAUCAUCUUAUUUAUUAGAUUCAUCUGAUAGAUACUAUAAUAUUAUUGUAGAAGAACAAAAAAAGAGGCAAAAUGAUCCAUGGGCAUUAGAAUCAAAUAAUCGUACAACUGCUACUACAGCAUCAAAUGAUCCAUGGCAACCUCCGCAAAUGUCAAAUUCACAAACUGUUUCAUGGGGCAAUGACAAUGGUAUAACCAAACACAAUGAUACUGCCUUAUCAAUCAAUAUAUCUGAUCCUUGGGGCCUUGGCACAGCUGAUUCUCGUCCAAUUGCAACAGCGGCAUCUUCAACUACAACAAAAGCGAUUGAUAAUGAAUUAAGUGAUUUUUUUGGAAGUGGUGCAACUAUAACACCAUCAUAUGAUCAACAACAACAACAACAACAUACACCUUCAAAUCCUUGGAAUAUCCCACCUGCUAUGAGUAGAAGUUCAACUUCUCCAUUAAAUACAAAUUUAUCAAUGAGUGGCGGCAAUAAUGGAAAUUUACUUUAUCCAAUGAUAGGUAGUGGAAAUAAUCCUAAUCCAAUUAGUUCAAGUCCAAUAUCACCAUCAUUAUUAUCAACAUCUCGUAAAACACCAGAAAGUUUUCUUGGUGAUAAAUUUAGUACUUUAGUUAAUCUUGAUCAACUUGUUACUGAAUCUAAAAAUACAAAUCCAUUUGGUUCAACUCCAGCACGUGUUCAAAAUCCAUUUUCUAGUGCAACAAGACCACCAACACUCGAUCAGUUAACUUCAUCAAAUAAUGUACCUUUUACAAGUGGUUCAACAUUACCUCCACCACUGAUUCCUUCAUCAUUCAAUAAUAAUACCAAUAAUAAUACCAAUAUUAAUUCAAAUAAUCCAUUUUUGUGA